AAAAGGCUCCAGUGCUCAUGUCUGGGGCGAUGAAACCAGAGCAAAGAGAAGCAGCAGCUCAACAGCGUACAACUAUCGCAAAGCAAAGCCCCCUCGUAUUCUCCGCCUCCUCCAUCUUCUUCUCCUUUCGUUUCCAUAUUCUUUCCUUCAUUCCCAUUCUUAUUCACUCAAUUCCUCUCUGUUGUCUCUCUCACAUUACCACAUUCAUCUUAUAUUCCAUCUCCGCCAUGGCUUCUCUCUUUCUUUCCUCCUCCUUCGCCACCACCUCCCCUACCGCCUCCAUUUCUUUCUCCUCUUCUCUUUCUACUUCCCUCUCAUGGCGUAAAUUCACCGCAUUACCUUCCAAGCCUCGCCGAAGAGUCUUCUCCAUUCAAGCCAAGAUCCGGGAAAUCUUUAUGCCUGCCCUCAGCUCCACCAUGACAGAGGGGAAGAUUGUCUCCUGGGUUAAAUCUGAGGGGGAUGUUCUCUCCAAGGGCGAGAGCGUUGUCGUGGUUGAGUCCGACAAGGCUGACAUGGAUGUCGAGACUUUCUACGAUGGGAUUCUCGCCGCUAUUGUAGUUGGUGAGGGCGAGACCGCUCCUGUUGGUGCUCCCAUUGGACUGUUGGCCGAGACGGAAGAGGAAAUUGCUGAAGCCAAAGCCAAGGCAGCCAAAUCAGGCUCUUCUGCCCCCGCCGCCGUAGCUGCUCCUGUUGCUUCCACUCCUCCGCCUAGCACUUCGAAUCCUGCUCCGGCGAUCGAUCAUCAGUCUCCUCCGCCGGCCAAGGUGGCUUCUGCUGGACCAGGAAAAACCGUGGCGACUCCUUAUGCAAAGAAGCUUGCGAAACAGCACAAGAUAGAUAUUGGAUCGGUCGUUGGCACUGGUCCUUUUGGGCGGGUUACUCCUGCUGAUGUGGAGGCAGCUGUUGGAAUCACGCCUUCCAAGAGUAAUGCGGCUAAUACUGCUGAGCCAGCUCCGGUGGCCGCUCCUCCACCAAAAGCUGCUGUUCCCGCUGCUCCCGCGGCUUCUCUACCUCCAAUUCCUGGUUCUACAGUUGUUCCUUUCACAACAAUGCAAGCUGCGGUUGCGAAGAACAUGGUGGACAGUCUUACUGUGCCUACAUUCCGAGUGGGGUAUCCUGUGAAGACUGACGCACUUGAUUCUCUAUAUGAAAAGGUUAAACCAAAGGGAGUGACUAUGACGGCCAUUCUAGCAAAGGCCGCAGCAAUGGCUCUUGUUCAGCAUCCAGUAGUAAAUGCAAGCUGCAAAGAUGGGAAGAACUUUACCUAUAACAGUAGCAUAAACAUAGCUGUUGCUGUGGCAAUCAAUGGUGGUUUAAUUACACCUGUUCUUCAGGAUGCGGAUAAGUUGGAUCUCUAUCUUCUGUCUCAAAAGUGGAAAGAGCUAGUUAACAAAGCUCGAGCAAAGCAGUUGCAACCUCAUGAGUAUAAUUCAGGAACUUUCACGCUUUCCAAUUUGGGUAUGUUUGGAGUCGAUAGGUUUGAUGCCAUACUUCCUCCAGGGCAGGGUGCUAUCAUGGCUGUUGGAGCAUCAAAGCCUACUGUUGUGGCUGAUGCAGAUGGAUUCUUCAGUGUGAAAAAUAAAAUGCUGGUGAAUGUAACAGCUGAUCACCGAAUAAUCUAUGGGGCUGACUUGGCUGCAUUCCUUCAGACGUUCUCAAAGAUUGUUGAAAACCCAGAAAGCUUGACUUUAUAGUCUCUCAUCACCUUGACAUUAUUAUCUGAGCUUUCCACCAUUUGAUCCCAAGUCAACGAGAUCUGUUCAGCAAAGUGCUAACAUCUGGUUCAUACUUUAUAGCUUCUACUUUGCCUAAGCUUCAGGAGCUAUUUUAAUUUUAUUAGUAACGUUAUGGAUGGAUUUUGAAGGAGAGAAGAUAGCUUUGAAUUUUUUCUGCGUGAAAAGUGUUGUAAACAGUAAUUUGUGAUUAAUAAAAACAAGGUUCGAGCAUAUUUAAAAAUUGUUUUCCCUACACGGAAAAAGGAAUAACAUUUGUAAUGUAUGGACUUAUCUUGACUCAACCUUGUGAACGAGAAAUAACUGAUGUACUUCUGCUUUAAAAAAUAAUAUAAAAUAUGGUCUUGUUGAUCAGACGAUCACUGACCAGUAAUCACUCA